ACAGCAACUUAGGGUUUUGAGUCUUCGCGUAAGAUGGAGCAACUAUCGACAUUAGAUUCUUUUUUACCCAGGGAUCUAACCUCAGAGAUUCUCUUAAGAUUGCCUGCCAAAUCUGUUGGGAAAUUUCGUUGUGUGUCGAAGCUUUGGUUAUCAAUCACCACCGAUCCAUGUUUCAUCAAGUCGUUUGGAACUACACGACCAAGUCUUCUACUCUGUUCAAUACAAGGUCACAAUAUGUUUGUUACUCCUUCUAUCAGGUCAUACUCUUCUUCUCAGCCUUUUUAUCCUUAUCCUAUGAAAGUUCUAGGAGAACAUUGUUACUUCCCCCAUAUGGAUUCCGUGCAAGGUUUGAUCUGCAUUGUAGAUGUAGACUCCCUGAAGCCCCUAGUUUGGAACCCUACCAUGGGCCAAUUAUUAUUUUUACCAAAACCCAAAUUGAGCUCCAGACAUAUGAACGUGUUUUUAGGAUAUGAUCCAGUCCAAGGUAAACACAAAGUAGCAUGUUUUCCCCAAAGAAAAACAUGCCAUGUCUGCCGAGUUUUUACCUUGGGAUCAGGGCAAGAAUCAUGGAAGACCGUCAAAACUAACAUUGAGCAUAGUGUUGCCGUUGCUUCUGGUCGAUGCAUCAUGGGGGUGAUAUAUUAUCUAGCUUUUAAAAGUCAAGGGUCUGAUGCGGUUGUUAUGAGCUUUGAUGUGAGAUCUGAAACAUUCCAUAUGAUAGAACUACCCUCAAGUAUUCAUUGUGAUUCGCUGAUAACUUACAAGGGGAGAUUAGCUUGUAUUGAUGCAAAUAAUGAUAAAAGAUUGUGGAGUUUGGAGGAUGCAACAGAUAAACACAAGUGGUCGUUUCAAGACUUUCUCUCACCUUUAUACAAGAUGUUUGAACUACAAGGUUCCACUCAUGCUGGUGAGUUUAUUUAUGUACCGUUCAACAAAUCACCUUAUAUUGAAUUGUACGAUCCGGUGGGAAACAGUUGGAGAAGACUCGAAUUUGAAGGACUCGAAUUUGAAGGAAUCUCAGACGACGAAUUUGGACACACUAAGGCUUUCACGAAUCACACUGAAAGUCUUAUGCCUUUGUAACCUUUAAAAUAGAGUCUUACGUCUUUGGAAC